AAACGCACUUCAUUGGAUGAUACAGAGAGAGGGUUUCACCACUUAUGACCAAAUAUGGCCAGCGUGGGCCGUGUGCAGACUGAGGAACGAACGUGCAGCUGAGGUAUGAUAAGAGGCACAGGCACCGCCAAGUUGCAACAAGAACUUUUAAAGCCCAGGACAAAAAGGAAAACAUGAAAGUAAACACCGAGCCUCUGAAGAGAACGUGAUUUGCCGCCAAAGCAGGAUCUCCAAUUCCAAUUUUAAAGACUCAUCUAGAUCUGUGUUGGAUUCAUAGAAGGUUAUCUGACUGACCGUGAUACCGUAUAUCCCAUCAUGCCUCUGAUUACGUUUCCCACGUCCCAGCUGCUAUGGGUGCGAGUCGUUGCCAUCCUCUUCACCUGCGUGGCGUUCAGUGUCGUGGCACACAGCGGCGCGCUGCCCCACGGAGGCAUGGCCGACUGGUGCAUCUUCUGCUGGGCGUUCAGCUUUGCGUGCACCCUGCUGGUGCUGCUGGUGGAGCAGUUUGGCCUCCAGGCGCGAAUCCCGGUGUCCUGGUCCAAUUUCCCCAUCACCAUCGCCUGCUACGCCGCCCUCCUUUGCUUCUCGGCCUCUAUCAUCUUCCCAGUCUUUUUCCUCAAGGACCAGCAUUAUAACAAAGAGGUCCGCGACCACCGCAUUGCCUCCACCGUCUUCUCCUGCCUUGCGACGGUGGUCUACAUAGCCGAGGUGAGCCUCACCAGAGCAAGACCAGGAGAGGUGGCAGGCUACAUGGCUACAGCGCCAGGAUUACUGAAGGUGUGUCAGACCUUCGUGGCCUGCGUCAUCUUCAUCCUGGUCAGCGACCCCGUGUCGUACGACCAGCACGCGGCGCUCAAGUGGUGCAUGGCCGUGUACUGCAUCUGCUUCAUCCUCUCCAUGGCCGUGGUGGUGCUGUGUUUGGGAGAGUGCACCGGCUGCCUGCCCAUCCCGUUCUCCAAGUUCCUGUCGGCGUACGGCCUCCUGGCGGUCAUCAUGUACCUGACCGCUACCAUCAUUUGGCCCGUGUUCCAGUUUGACAAACAGUACCAGGGCAGAAGCCGGGCAUCGUCGAACCUGAUCGCCGUGGCUGUGCUCACUGCCCUCAACUUCCUGCUUUACCUGGCCGACCUGGUCUACACCGCCAGACUAGUGUUUGUCAGUGUGUGAGACGAUGAGGUGAAGGAGGGGAAACACACAGGGAAAAGACUCAAAACUUUUGCUGCUUAAUAGUGAAAUGCUCUGCUUAAAGGGACAUUUCAGGUUUUUUGUGUGCUUCUAUGAGGGAUUUCCACAUAGGCUUCUAAAAUAACAGACAAAGAUUGAUUGAUUGAUGCAUCACGAGCCAAUUAAUUUGUUUGGCUCGUUUGGCUUUAAGGCACCUAUACAGUGAAGUAACUAGCUUCUAUGCUAACAGCUGGAAUAUUAAUGUCAUGCCUUAGCACAGCACCAGAAAUGACACCUGAAUCAGCGUCACUGCCAAAAAGUGAUGCAGGGGAAGAAGAAAUUGGCGUCUUCACCCAGGGUUUUUUAUUCCCAGGAAUGCCAAUUGGAGCCGAAGUCAAAAAACUACCUGAUUAAACAGGUUUUUGACCAGUGGGUGUGGGAUACUGGGGUGGAUUCCAAAUUAAGUCGGAAUUUCCAAGGGAACGCCCCCUUGACUCAACCUCAGUCGUAUUUGUUUUGAUCAGUUUUUAUCCUUGGCAGGUUGCUAUGCGGUUUGUGUGCAAGAAGUCCGGUGUAGAACUGGUAUUGCUAACAAUACCUCACCUAAAAUCAUCCACAGUAUCUUAAGUUUUGAAGUUUUUAAACUGCUCAUUCGGGCACAAAAGUCCAGAGAGAAAAGUAAAAGUAAAGGACAUAUUCUGAAAACAUCCAAGCAUUAAGCAGGUGUAGAACUUCAUAAAAACACACUGCAAAAAAAAACCUGAACUAUCCCUUUUUAAAUGCUUGUUUGCUCACUUGCCAUAUAUGUGUUUUAUCAUGUGCACAGUGCAUGUUUUGUAUUUUUCAUUUAUCCAUAAUGACAGUAUUUAACCUCAGAUGUGACUUUUGUUAAGUGUGCAACACGAGUAUGAGGCUGAAGGUCCAAACGAGAGUUAUAGAGGACGUGUGUUUACAUUUAAAUUAAGUCAAACACACUGGAAAACACAAGGAAUAAGAAAAAAACCAAAACUUUUUUUUAUCAUAGACUGGCAUUUUUUUGUUUGGUUUGUGAUGGUGAAAGCCUCUUGUGCAAACACCCAUCGCUCACAUUUGUUUAGUUUCUGUCUUGUCUUUCUUGCGUCAGAGUUUGGGAGAAAUAUGUGAAAAACAACAGUAUUGACACUUUUGAAUGCUUUUGUUUAUUGGCAAACCAAUAAAUAUUGUGUGAAAUGA